CGUACAUUCAUUUCAAAUUUCAAAAGAUUAUUUUGGUUUGGAUUUUCUUUUGUUGAAAACAAACAUUACAAAAUUACUUGAGUUCUAACGGAAGUUGUCGAUUUGUGUCUUACCUUAAUUAAACAAAACAACAGGAAGCAAAAUUAAAAUUAACCCGGCGACAUAUUUCUAACCUGCAUUCAAGCUUUAGAAAUAGUCAUAGAAAAACUAAAAGUAUUAUUAAUACUUAAUACUAAUAGUAUUAUUGAUUUCAGGCAGAAUAGUAGGUGAUCUGUGGGCAGAAUCUAAUUAAAGGCGAAAGCACUUUAAUAAACUCGAAUUAUUUAUCAAAAUGAUUGUUCUUGGAGAAAAAUUUCCAAAUUUUUUAGCCCAAACCACCAUUGGAGAUAUUACAUUCCAUGAAUAUCUUGGAGAUUCGUGGGGUAUUUUGUUUUCUCAUCCAGCUGAUUUUACUCCUGUUUGUACCACUGAACUAGCCAGACUAAUCAAGCUUAUUCCAGAAUUUACCAAGAGAAACACAAAAAUAAUUGCAUUGUCCUGUGACUCUGUAGACAGCCACUUAAAGUGGACAAAUGAUAUUUCCGUUUAUGCUGGUUGCUCUGGAGAUAAUUUUCCAUAUCCUAUCAUUUCUGACCAAGAUAGGGAACUUGCUAUCGAGCUAGGAAUGAUCGAUUCUGAUGAAAAAGAUUCUCAUGGUAUUCCACUUACUGCAAGAGCAGUUUUUAUUGUCGAUACAAAUAAGAAGCUAAGAUUAUCUAUUUUGUAUCCGGCUACAACUGGCAGAAACUUUGACGAAAUAUUAAGGGUAUUGGAUUCUUUGCAACUUUGUGACAAAUAUAAAGUUGCUACCCCAGCAGAUUGGGUGCAAGGGGACGAUGUUAUGAUCCAGCCGACAGUUCCAGAUGAUGAGGUGAAAACAUUAUUCCCACUAGUAACUGUUGUGGCUUUACCUUCUGGAAAGGGCUACAUAAGAAAAACUCCACAACCAAAUUAAAAUUGAGUUAUAGGAUUAUAAAAGUAUUUGAGUUUUGUGUUUCCAUUUUGUUUAAUAAUGCAUAUGCUGUGGU